AUGAAACUGUAUGUGAAGAGGGUGAAUGCAAAGGGUGGCGUCUUCACAAUCACUGUCGAUAGUAAAGAUACGGUAGCAAGUUUGAAGGGAAGAAUUGGUGGAGUUCUGGAUUUGUUCCCAGAUGCCAUACGUUUGCUUUAUCAAGGACAUCCUCUUACCAAUACAGAAGCAAGUCUCGGAUCGUACGGCAUCAAAGAUAGCAGCCGAAUCAGCGUUAUUCACGUCCCGUCUAUUGAUACGAACUCGAUAGUUUCAAAAGUUUUGAGCAGUUUUCUUCUUGACCGAUGUCCUGCAAAUAACUUAUCAGCGAUUGCCGAGAGAUACCAAAUCGUUAGCAAUCUUUACAGGAUUUGCUGUAUUAAUAAACGGUAG